UGGCAUGAUGUGACAAAUAAUGGCAGAAUUCAAGGGGCGGAUAAGCAAAUACAGAGAACACAGGGACCAAAAACCCUAACCCGAGAAUGGUUGGAUCUUGCUAGCAAGAACAGAGCAAAAGCAGUGCUGAAUCUGCUGAUACGAGAGAGGGAGAGAGAGAGAGAGAUUGUAUGCGCGCACAGACGCACAUAAGUACAACGAGGAACUCGAGACUGUGGAGGAAGAGAAAAGGUCCAAAUGCGAAUUCUCCGCAUAAAAUUGCUGCAGAGGAUUUCAGUUGACCAGGCAGCCAGAUGCCGUCUAUAUUCCACCAAGAACGUCCCUGAUGUAGGGCAGCCUACUGCUGCUUCCCACCCAGAGUUACUUAAGGAAGGGGAAAUAACGCCUGGCAUAACUAGUGAAGAAUAUUUGUUGAGAAGGAAGAGAUUAUUGGAGCUUCUUCCGGAGAAGAGUUUUGCAAUAAUUGCAGCUGCACCUGUGAAGAUGAUGACUGAUGUUGUCCCUUACAUGUUUCGACAGGAUGCUGAUUAUUUCUACAUUACAGGCUGCCAACAACCUGGAGGUGUAGCAGUUUUAGGUCAUGAUUGUGGUUUAUGCAUGUUUAUGCCAGAAGCAAGCCCUCAUGAUGUUAUUUGGCAAGGAAAGAUUGCUGGAGUUGAGGCAGCUUUAGACAUGUUCAAGGCUGAACAAUCAUAUUCAAUGAACAGAUUGCAGAAGAUCCUUCCGGAUAUGAUAAGAAGUUCCUCCAACUUGUUCCAUAAUGUCAAAACAGCCACACCGGCUUACACAGAAUUAGAGGCCUUCCAAAAGGCUGAUAAUGAUGGCAAAGUGAAAGAUUUUUCUGUGUACACCCAUGAAGCCCGAUGGAUAAAAUCACCGGCUGAGCUCAAGUUAAUGAGAGACUCUGCAGCAAUAGGUUGCCAGGCUCUUUUACAAACAAUGUUGCAUUCAAAGGCAUUUCCUUAUGAGAGUAUGCUGUCUGCUAGAGUUGAAUAUGAAUGCAAAAUGAGAGGUGCCCAGAAAAUGGCAUUUAACCCUGUGGUUGGUGGUGGACCUAAUGGUACUGUUAUACAUUAUUCUCGAAAUGACCAGAAAAUCAAGGAUGGGGACCUUGUUUUAAUGGACAUUGGAUGUGAAUUGCAUGGUUAUGUUAGUGACAUCACUCGCACCUGGCCACCUUGUGGAAGCUUUUCUCCCAUUCAUGGAGAACUUUAUGAUCUUAUUUUAGAGACAAACAAGGAGUGUCUGGACCUUUGCAAGCCUGGCUUGAGCAUUGGGCAAAUUCACUACUAUUCGGUUGAUAAGAUGCGCAAAGGCUUGAAGGAGAUUGGAAUUUUGAAAGAUGACAGACAUCGCAGUUACCAUCAGCUGAACCCAACUAAUAUAGGUCACUAUCUGGGAAUGGAUGUUCAUGACUGUUCUACAAUCAGUUAUGACCGUCCUUUGAAACCAGGCGUUGUUAUAACAAUUGAACCCGGUGUUUACAUCCCUGCUGGUUUUAGUUGUCCAGAGAGAUACCAAGGCAUUGGGAUAAGGAUUGAGGAUGAAGUCCUAAUCACGGAAUCAGGAUGCGAGGUCCUUAGUGGGUCUUUACCCAAAGAAGUUAAGCACAUUGAGUCGUUGCUUAACCACCACCUGCAUGGAGGAGGGAUGGAUAUUCAGAAUGUUGAUGCAUCCAAUUAGUGAUGAAAAAAUCAAGAUUCACAACAUUGGUUGACUGCUGAUAGAAUUUUACUUUGCAGCCCGCGUAAACUCCCAGAAAGCAGCUCACUAUUUAUUGAUACGUCCCAUCCAGCUUGUCCUAUGUAAGUCCAUAUAUUGCAAUUUUAAAUGCCAUUAUGUGUAUUUAUUUAUUUAUUUUUGAGCUAUGUAAAUGCCAUUUAACUUUUUC